CUGCCUAUCAAGAUCAUUCAUUUCUAACCUAAAACCUACCGGAAAAAACGUUUAAUUGGGCAAAUAACUCGGUUUUUAGUGAGUGAAUUCACAAAAUGCCUGGUUUGUUACCGGAUCCUGCUGCUUUUGCAAGUGCUACUAGUUCUGGGGCCCUAAGUGUGGUCCACUUUGCGGCUGAUUGGGCCGAACAGUGUGCCCAAGUCAACGACGUGCUCGACACCUAUUCCAAACGUCCAGAGUACGCCUCAAUUAAAUUUUACAAAUGCCAGGCUGAGGACCUCAGUGAGGUGUCCCUCAAGUUUAAAAUUGAGGCCGUGCCUACAGUUUUACUCUUCCGGUCUGGGAAAAUCGUCGAUAGGAUAGACGGGGCCGAUCCCGCCAAAAUCGCGGAUAAAAUUAAGGCCCACUGUAAUUCCAAAACUGAGGGUGUUCCUCUAGAACAAAGGCUGAAAGCGUUGAUAAAUCGGGCCCCCGUGAUGUUGUUCAUGAAGGGGGAUCGGGAGACGCCCCGGUGUGGGUUCAGUAGACAGAUGAUACAAAUAUUGAAUGAUGUUGGGGCUGAUUACGAGACUUUUGAUAUUUUGACCGAUGAGGAAGUGCGUCAAGGGCUCAAAACGUAUUCAGAUUGGCCCACGUACCCCCAGUUGUACGUCAAAGGAGAGUUAGUCGGGGGGCUGGACAUUGUCAAAGAAAUGCAAGCAGGGGGCGAACUUGCGGCAGCCCUCAAAGUGUAGUCUUUUUAUCACUAGAUGAUGUAGUUCUUAUUUAUCAAUAAAAAAUAAAUACAUAA